UCAGUCCAGAAGGGCUCUCACCCGCUCGUACCUGAGCACGGAGGUUUCCGCUGCGCUCCGUCUCCCUGCCGCGGCUUCGCCCCGAAGCGGGUGAUCGAGUAUUUCUGCGAGCCGGGGUACACUCUGCACGGCGGGGCUGCGGGGAAGGCACGCUGUCGCCGUGGCAACUGGAGCCCCGAAGGUCCCGUCUACUGCACCCCCGACCCGGAGUCCAAGCCAGGCUCGGACGGCUCGGACUCUACUGACGGGGAGUCCAGCUCUCUCCCCACUGUUGCCACGACGGCCGUGGCGGUGUCCGUCUUCCUGCUGACCACCACGGCCUGCAUGCUGGUCAAACCCCGGGUCCGAGACUGCCACUGUGACAGCAGACGACUUUCAGACCAACUGGGCCUGGUGACUGACAGACCCCCGGUCCUCCUGCCCUCCUAUGAGGAGGCUGUGUACGGAAACCAGGGCAACCUAGCCCCAUCCACACAGGGACCCACCCAGCUCCUGUUCGCCGAGGGACAACUGGAUCCCGCCCACCAGCUGAUGGACAGCCAAUCGGACAGCUUGUUGGGUGGCUCAGCCAAUCACUGCCCAGACACCCUUCCCCCUCCUUACGAAGAGGUCCAAUCGCACAGCGGCGCUGGCAGGACCCGGAAUGAGCAGAGGAGGGAGGAAUUAUCACAGAUGUUCCGGGUUUCCACGGUGAUCGAAAAGGACGUCUAGAAUUCUAGAAUUCUGUGCUGGCUUUUUUCUCUCAGGUGUGGAAAGCCACUUUCCUCAGAAUUGAAGCCAAUGGUUCAUGUACUUGAGAACUCCUCUCUUUAGAAGCCGAGGCUUCUGUGAAUGUAACAGAGAAAUUAAACAGGCCCUGGGGACCACUGACACGCCAACUGGGGAAAAACAGAUAUCCACCUGUGUGCAUUGAAAACUAGACCUCUGUGUGAUUUACAAUGCUUCCUUAUGCUUUAGAAUACCUCUCUGUGCUUUACAAUGCCUCCCUAUGCUUUACCAGGCCU